UUCAAAGCUGAUAUCUUUUUUUUUUUAAUUUUUUUAUGCCCCUUUGAAUUUGGCGAAUUUCCAUUAACAUUUUCUCAGUUACAGAUGAGUUCUCAGAAACUGUGCUCUAAUACAUGAAUACACAUACACUCAACGGCUAUAUUUAAUGGUCUUCGUUUGUCGUGGCUUGUUCGAUUAGACUAUCUGCGCCCUUUUUGUUUUCUUCUCGAUUUGCAGAGGCACGCGAUUGAGUGGGAGAACGGGGGAAAGGAUGAACUACAAUUGCAAUGAGACGUGGGAUUGGCAAGGUGAUGACUGCAGUCUUGAAGAUAAUAUGAACAUAGAAAUGCCUCCGUGUCUACUGAAUGGGUUGAGCCAAAACGAAGAGCAGCUCCCUUGUUCUUUUGAUGAUGCAACUACACCGGUCAAGGCUUGUGGAGAUUUAGCUUACCAUGUAACCAACAAUGAAGUUACGGGGAAAGAGCUAGAGGAAAACAGGGAGCCUCCCUACCAAGUAAAAAGGCGUAGGCUACAGUUUGAGUCCGAAGUCCUUGAUUCUCCUCCUUUCCAUGAUGAGAUGUUUCUGAGAUCUAAGGAGACGCAAGAUUCACUCGAAGAUACUAUUACUGAUAUGUCAGAGUGGGUUAAUGGAUUUGCAGGCCCAGCUGAACCCAGUGGUGUGUAUUUGGAAGAAGGGUGGAUCGCAGACUGCUUCAAUGACGAGGAGAUGAAUUUCAACGCUGAGGAUAUCUGUGGUGAAGCUGGAGCAUCUGAUGUUCAGGUCAACAACGGAGAGCUUCCCACCAAUGCUGCUCCUGAAUACGAUGCUAAUGCAGUCGAGAAACAUCCAGUCCAUACCCGGGGAAAUGUUGUUUUCAAAGGUAGGAAGUCAUACAUGCGCACACCUCCUAAGCUAGCCUCGUCCGUUGUCUAUCCAUUCACCUUCAUCAAACCAUGUGGCGUGCACGGAGACGUGACUUUGAAGGACAUAAACAAGCGGAUACACACUCCGCCCAAGUCAAAGCAAAACGAGCAGGACCCUUCCGUUCCUUACCCCACCUCAGCAUUUUCUGGGAAGCCCGUUGUCGGGAAGACCAAGAUCCGCACAGAAGGCGGAGAAGGCAGCAUUACAAUUCUUCGGACCCGAGGGUAAGACAGAUGCCUUUACCGUCUGUGCACUCGUUUGUUGUCGUUCCUGUUAGUUGUAUGAGGCUGCAAGAGGCGCUAACUUUAUGCUUAAUAUUGCUCUUAGAGAUACGUCAAUAUGUGGUUCUACUUACUCCCCAAGUUUUUCUUGGCAGAGCUGUGUUAUUUACAUAUUUUCUGUAUGCUUUGGGAAUUACUUGAGGAUUUUAAGCUUUCUACUUGAUCUAUUUCGUAUGCUUCUCAUGUGAGAAAACCUAUAAAUCAUGUUUGUACUAACUUUUUAGUCAUUGUUUUGUACUUAGAGCUUCAACAUUGUUUGACAAAAUAAGAAGUCUGCUCUCUAAUUUUCUA